AUGCCCCCCAAAACCCUCCUCCUCCAAACCCUUCCCCCCAUCCUCCUCAACCUCGCCACCCUCAUCCUCUGCUGCUUGGUGAUCUUUUCCGGCUUCAACAACUCCCUCACCUCCAUCCACUGGCUCAAGACCGACAACACAGCCAUCUCCCUCCCCACCCCCCUCCCCUCCUCGGGCCCCCUAAAAGACCUCUCAACCCUAACCGGAACCGACUACCUUUCCCCUUCCUCCUCCCCCCUCCCAGAGCAUGCAACCCUCCACCUCCUGACGGAAUGCUCCCUCACCCCCCACAUCAACAACCUGCUCCCCCCCCGACAUCAACUUCUGCCCUCCCGCACCCACAACUCCAUCCUCUUCAAGGACUCUCUCCGUUCCUACACCCGCUCGGCACGCUUCAUCGAGUGGUCUUUCAUCGUGGGUGUGAUCUGCGCUCUUUCCGCCCCGGUGGAGAGCUACUUCUCCCCAUUGCUGGCAAGUAUAACAUGCGGGUUUGGGAUGGUGUUCCUUGGCGCAGGGACGAUAACAGGCGCCGUGAUUUACAAGCGACUUUCCGACGCGAUCAAUGAUGUCUUUGGCGGGUUUGGGAUCGCGGCCAAGAACGGGGGCUGGCCGGUGGCGUUGGGGUUGGUGGCGGCUGGGUUGUUUGGGGGGGCGUGUGGGGGGUAUGUGAUUGCUUACAGGAGGCAGAAGGGGAAGGGGUGGAAGAUGGGGGGGGGUAGUGAAAGGGGUGUUGAGGGGGGAGAGGUGGAUGUGCCGCUUGUGGGUGGUUACGAGAAGCAGAGUAAUGGUGGGCAGCGACAGCAGCAGCGACAGCAGCAGCAGCAGCAGCAGCAGCAGCAGCAGCAAGGGGUGGUGAUGGGGGAUAGGGAUGUGGAACGGAGGAUGGAGGAUGACUGGGCGGCGCCGGAUGAGUAUUCCGGGAGGAGGGGGGAUGGGAAUAACACGAAACGGAGUAGUAACGUCCCGCUUGUGUCGAUGGGGGCGGGGGGGAAUAACAGACAGACGAGGGAUUUGAACACGGCGUAUGAGCCGUACAGCCGUCAGCAGUUUUGA